AUGCAGGCUUUGGCUGGAAAACGUGGGCAUUCGAAUGGCUCGGAACUGCAGAAGUACAUGGAGGACAGCCUCGACCAAAAGGCGCAGCAGGCGAGGACCAAAGCACAGAUUCCCAACGUCGAUUACGUGCACUUCGUCCACUACGAUAUCAAGAUGGGCUUUCGCGCCUGCGUCCUUGGCGUGUUUGGACUUCCUGUGUACAUGGACAACCGAUACUGCCACGUCUACUGCCAAGUCCUACCCGGAGACGAGGCGAAGGACCUCCCGUCGACUCCUGAGGGCCAUGGCCAUGACGACAGGUUUAUCACCAAGAGAGUCGACUUCCUUUCAGCCCAGCGGUCUCCUCAGUGGCUGGAUGAACCCGUGACAUUACACCCACACUUCGACGAGCGUUCUGUCCUCUUGGUUCAGCUGUUUGGGUUCUCGCCUCAUUACCGUCCUGGCGAUGGGAGAAAACCGGGCAAGUUGACUGACUCGAAGGGCGAAGCUCCUCACUUGAAUUAUGAUCACCCGAUGGCCUGGGGUGUCACGCAGCUCUUUGAGAAGAAUUCCGUGAUUAGUGGUGUUCAUUGGCUGGCCAUGUUUAAGGGUGCUCCAAAUCCUGACGUGCUGGCAAGGCUGUCAAAGGACGCUCCUGCCCAUGAGGUGCUGCUCCAAGCCCUGAAGGAGGAAUAUCUCAAACUUCAUGAUGGUAUGUCGUUGGAAGUCAAGAUCUGGGAUGGGCGUCUGGGUGCCACUGACCUGAGAGACGGACGCAACGAGAUUCAGGUCAGCACACUCGGUAACAAGGAGAAAUAUGUCAAGGUUCACCAGCAAGUACACCAAAGAAGCAUUGACGAAUUUGUACUCAAGAACAUGGAUCAGGUACAUAAACGAAAUGGGCCCAUUGGUGACAGGUUUGAGAAAGAGAGGACCCUUUUCGAGCAGGCGGCUAACGGGGCUUUCUUCAAGGCCAUGGACGAAGCAUUGGAGAAGGCUGGCCAGGAGCGCUUGCCAUCAACAUAAUUGCUGUGCGGCAGAGCUCAUUGAACAAUCAAAACACUUGAAAUUAUACAUUUCUUUGUAUCAAGGAAAUCCACAGCACUUCAGAUAUUC